GAACAUAUCGUUGAACGAACCAAACAUUAGCAAAGCAAACAUAAACCCACAACCGGAAUAGUUUAUAAGUCGCUGUAACUGUUCUUUGAUACAUUCUUGCCCUUUUGUGCGGUCAAAAUGUCUGAUGAGGAAGAGGACUAUAUGUCUGACGCAUUUCUCAGCAAAAUACAAGAUGUGAAACCAGGUGUCAGCAUGGUGAGGCGAGUAAAAGAAGCAAUGAAGAAGGAGGCAGAGCAAAAGGAGAAGAACAUCAGGAAUCGCCAGAAGACCUACAAAGAGCAAGAGAAAGACAGCCGAGAAGCAGCUUUACAGAGCUCCAUCAGUAAUGAGAACAAGGGCUUUGCACUUCUGCAGAAAAUGGGUUACAAAGCUGGUCAAGGCCUCGGAAAGCAGGGAGCAGGAAGAGUUGAUCCAAUUCCAUUAAAUAUCAAAACUGACAGAGGUGGCAUUGGAAUGGAGGAGGUGAAGAAGAGAAAAGCGGAGGAGGAACUUGAACAUUACCGACAGAAAGUACGAGCCAAACAACAGAAUGAGACCAAAUCACUGGAAGAUUUUAGGUCAAGAGUAAGGACAGAGAGAGAAGAGCGUAAGAUUGAAGGAGAUCUCAGAAGGAGUCAGUCAGCCUGUGAGCAGCUUGACAGUCAGAAGGGUAUCACAGUCCCUAGGGAAGACUGGUACUGGCCUAAAGCAGAGGCUGAUGAUGAGGAAGAAGAAGUUGAGGAGGAGGAGGAGGAGGAAGAGGAGAUUGUGGAAUUAACCUCCUUUGACAAACUGCAAAUUCUGACAUCCUAUUUACGUGGAGUCCAUUUUUACUGCAUAUGGUGUGGGACCACCUAUAAUGAUGAAGAGGAUUUGUGCUCUAACUGUCCCGGGGAUACAGCAGCAGACCACGAAUGAACUUGAUAAAAAAUAUAUGUGUGCAGUAGUUCUGAGUGAAAAAGCAGUAACAAGUGUUUGACAGUGGAAACAUUAUACAUGUUAAGUGAGUGCAUAUUACAGCAUGAAACAGGUUCAUCACACUAUCAUUAUCAUCACACCCAACAGCCUGUAAUAAGCAGUUAAGGCAGUACAGUGAUCAGAUUUUGAGCAUCAUCCCAUUUGAAUCUGCUCUCCAUCUCUGGAAGGACAUUGUUGAUGCUGUUUGGUGGAGGACUUUCUUAAUUUUUUUUUUUCAUUUGGAAAUCCUGUGGAAAAUUUAGGAUGCUUUGUAUUAUUUAUAUUUUGAAUAGAUGUACAAUGAUUUGUUACAUUUUUUUAGAAUUCUACGUUAACCAUUGUUUUUUUUUUUAGCGACUUAUAUUACAUUAAAUGAUGUUGGGUUUGAUUUACCUAACAAAUGUAAAUAAUGUAAUGUAAAUAUGAUACUGCCAUUUUGCCUUUCUGUGUAUGUGGUGCUCAGUUGUGACUUUCUAGGUCUAAAAAUUAUUAUAUUAAAAGAGACUAAUAGAUUAUAGACUCAAUAGGAUUUUGACAAAAGUUACCAAAAAUGGUAACAACAACCCGUUUAGAUAGGGUCACAUACUAUAAUAGUUAACUUUUACCUAAAACUGUGACCCCCAUAGUAUUUUGAGAUAGGGUCACAUAUUUCAGUAGCUGUGAUGGAGGUAACUAGUGGCCAGUGGUGGAGGAAAUACUCAGAUCCUUUUCUUAACUGAAAGUCAAUCAAUACCACAAUGUAAAAAUACUUCCAAGUAAAAGUUCUACAUUUAAGCAUAGAAGUAUUACCAGUUAAGUUUACUAAACUAUUAAAAUAAAAGUACUUGUUUUGCAGAAAAA